ACGCGACCCCUGUACGUGAUGGGCUGGGCAGCACCUCGGGAACACGCCCAGGUAUAUAAAGCACAGCUGGAGGAUGAAGGGCUCAGACCUGCGCCGCGAUGCGCGCUCAACACGAGCUGGAGACACCUUGACGGUGGAGCAAGUGGAAAACCCAGGCUACUUCGAACGGACUUUACUUAACCGCUGUUCCUACCCGAAAAGCGCAGUUUCUCGUUACGUCUGAGCGAAACGAGACGGAUCCAUCAUGAGCAGGAGAACACGACGCUGGAUAUUUCGCAUUUUUCUUUGUCUCGGAAUAAUCUACUUGAAAAUGGGGCGGUUCUCCACCGUGCUGGCUCUAGGAGCGAGCAUCAUAUGCAACAAGAUCCCUGGCCUGGCGCCCCGGCAGCGCAUCAUCUGUCAGAGCCGGCCGGACGCCAUCAUCGUGAUCGGACAGGGCGCGCAGAUGGGCAUCAACGAGUGCCAGUUUCAGUUCAAGCACGGCCGCUGGAACUGCUCCGCGCUCGGCGAGAGGACCGUCUUCGGAAAAGAGCUGAAAGUGGGCAGCAAGGAGGCAGCGUUCACGUACGCCAUCGUGGCCGCAGGAGUGGCUCACGCCGUCACAGCCGCGUGCACGCAGGGAAACCUCAGUGAAUGCAGCUGUGACAAAGACAAGCAGGGCUUCCACGGCCACGCAGACGGCUGGAAGUGGGGCGGCUGCUCGGCGGACAUCCACUACGGCCUGGGCUUCUCCAAAGUCUUCAUGGAUGCCAGAGAGAUCAAACACAGUGCCAGGACACUUAUGAACCUGCACAACAACGAAGUCGGGCGGAAGGUCCUGGAGAGGAACAUGCGUCUAGAGUGUAAAUGUCACGGCGUGUCUGGAUCCUGCACCACCAGGACCUGCUGGAUGACCCUCCCCAAGUUUCGUGAGCUUGGCUUUAUCCUCAAAGACAAAUACAGCCACGCCAUUCACGUGGAGCCGGUCAAAGCCACCCGCCACAAGAGGCCCACCUUCCUCAAGGUCAAGAAGCCCUACUCGUACCGCAAGCCCAUGGACACGGACCUGGUGUACAUCGAGAAGUCGCCCAACUACUGCGAGGCGGACCCGGUGACGGGCAGCGUGGGGACUCAGGGCCGGGUGUGCAACAAAACGCUGCUGCACCAUCCCAACGGCUGCGACCUGAUGUGCUGUGGCCGGGGAUACAACACACACCAGUACUCACGCGUCUGGCAGUGCAACUGCAAGUUCUUCUGGUGCUGCUACGUCCGGUGCAACACCUGUAGUGAGAGGACAGAGGUGUACACGUGCAAGUGAGCCGCUCUUACGGACCUCGUUCUGAUACAAGAGGACUCUAUGAGGUGGCAUCUGUUCUUUUGCACAAGGCUCUACUUCAGACUCGCUUUAAUGGAAGAUCAUUGAGAUCGUCAAAGCUUUACUCUGGAGAAAGAGGAACUGAAAGUCUAAAUCACUGUCUGAAUCUGUCUGGAUUAAAACAAGGAUCUCCGUGGAACCCAGAACAGCAACCUGCACCUUGAUUUUACCGAUGAGCUACUGAGACACGGACAUCUUUGCAGGCAUGCAGCAAACCUAUAUUGACAAACAGAGCAAAACUAGAAAUUCCAGAAGUAAAGGGAAAGGACUUUCUAAUAGUUUUUUGCUUCAAAUCAAUCCAGGUGAUUUAUUACCACCCAAAGUGCUUUGUUUUCUAAAAGUGCUUAACAUUCGAUUACUCUUUAUUUGAAGUUUUCCUUGUUACAGUGUAAUUACACAUUUAAGUACUGAGUAAUAUUAAAGUGUCCCUAUUAUGGGUUACGAAAGGUUUAUAUAUUUUUUUGGGGUGUCCUAAAUGACAGGUUGAAAUACAUGCAAGGCCAAAAUAUAGGCCUUUAUAAUCCACAUUUAUUUUAUAUUUAUAUUACAUUUCAUUUGAAGCAGUAAUUGCGAGCUUUUAAUGCUCCAAAAGCGGCACCUAGUGGCAAAGAAUGAAUGUACAUUUUCAUUCAGACAAACGCUAAAAGACCAACAAGUGGGUGGCAAUAUGUUAAUGUUUCAUUUCGGGUCAACAUGUUUUAAACAUGACUCAUCUCAAACCUUCAGAGUCAGCUCCUUUCCUUUGAGAGACAAUUACUUUAUAGACUUUUAGGCUUAAAACUUUGCAAGAUGUUUUCGUUCGCUUAGAGCUGUGACACUGCAUUAAAGCUCGCUUUCAGAAAUUCAUAAUAGGGGCACUUUAAUGAACUACAUGUACUUACUAUAUGGUUAGGGUUUGUCUUGGGGUUACUUGCAUGUAAUUAUGCAUAAUUAAUUGUUAUUAUAAUAGUAAGUACAUGUUACAUGUAACAAGGACACCUUAAAAUAGCGUUACCAAUUAUGCUUAAGUAAGAAUAUUUAAGUGUACUCAAUUAUGCUAUUUUGGGACGCCAUGAAUAUAAACUAAAAUGUACUUUUAACAUACUUUCUCUGCAGAAACCCACUAGUGCAUGAAAGCUAGUGCCUCUAAAUAGCACAGUUGAGUGCACUUGAUGUUUUUAAGAUUAUUUUAAGAAGUACAGCCUUUUUUUUGUGUUUUAAUUACAAAAUGAGUGCGUCAAAAUAGACCAUAUUAUGCUUUUUAAAUUGCCUUAUUUAAGAUUUGUAUUUUGUAAGCGAAUUCCUAAUAUAGAAAAAUGUAUAGGAAAAGAAUAUUGGAACCAAGGUUGCUGAUUGCGCUGUUGUUAAAUUCCUCCAAACAACUGAUUUUAUUUAUUUAUUAAAAACAAUGUUGUUAACUGUAAUUGACGAGACGCUGGAAACAAACAGCGCAUCUGCAUCUCUGCUCAUGAAUACACUGGGAUUUGUAUCUUCUGAAAGAAUAGCUUUUUUUAGUUUACAAGACAAGAAGCAAUAUUUUUUUUUUUUUCUAUGAGAAAUUUCCUGUAUGCUGCUAGUCUGGAAUAAUCACAUUCGCUGUAAUAUUACCAAACUACUGACUACAAGAUUUUGUAACUGGUAUAGUGAUGAAUCCAGAAAUGUAGAAUUUACACUGAAAUUGUAAAAUAUUGGUAAGAGAGUAUAUUUUGUAAAAGAAUAUUUUUAUAUGAAUGUUUUAUUUAUACUUUGUCAUUUCUGAACACCCGAUGCAUUGCGGGUGACAAAGUUGGAAUGUGGAUGUUAAUUAUUAAAAUCAA